AUGUUGUCCCGCGUGCCUCCUAGAGACCAUCAAUCGACCAAGAACUGUGUCCAAUGCCCCGACUGUCCGGUUGCAGUCGUCUACAAAGGAAAAGAUCAAUACUGUCGUCGUUCUGUUGGUGGGCGUGGUUCGGUGUCCUCCAUAGUAUCGUCGUCCGCUGGGAGCAUUACAGGACAUGUGGAUACCAGUGGAGAAUCGGAAGCACAACACAUACAUCGAGCCUAUGACGAGCUUCCGAUCUUACGCGCUCAGUAUGUUGCGCGAGGAGUUCGCGUACUCUUCGGGUCGAGAUGGCGUUUAAAUCGAUUCCAACAACGCACGAUCGUGCUGCGUACAGGACCAAAGCCCACCCUCGCGGUCUAUGUUGAGGAUAAUACUGAAGCCUCAUUUGACCUCAGUGCUUCCGAAGCACGACCGGAGGCCACGUACGAGUUGGCAUUGAGCACCAAUUGCGAGUUUACCACUUCAGGUGGUCCAAAGAACGACAAACGAGGGAAAGCUUCUGCUGCAACAGGAAUUGAGCUAUCGAGUGCAGAAUCCCCUGCAUUCCGUUUACGGAUUCGGUUUGCAACUACUGCGGAUGCAAAUAUCUGGUGUUCAAUCGUUCGAGAAGCGCUAGAGCAUGCACUAUGGAGUCGAGAUGUCCAAGCAGUAAAGCAAGAACGGAAACGUUCUCGAAGACGGAAUAUUCGCGUUGUGCAGCAUGUGAUUUCCUCACAGCGAUUUGUCGUCAAAGUACUGGCGGUAAAUUGCGACGAACGAGACUGUCAUGAGCUACAGAUACUCCGAUCUCUGUAUAGCUCACGGGCUGCUCGAGAUGUACGUUUAGUGGCAGGAUAUCGAAUAGUCGAGACAACAGAAGAGAUUCUCUUGAUCAUGCCCCACUAUCCUGGCAGCACUCUACUACAGCUACUGCGACAGCGACGACGACAGAAUGAUGGGAAGCUGAGUGAAGAGGAAGGGUGGCGCUUAUUAGCACGGAUGACGGAGCUACUGCAAGCUGUCCAUCGAUCGGGUAUCAUUCACUGCGACUUAAAUCUGGAGAACGUGCUGGUUUCCCACGAUCUCUCCCAAGUAUGGCUCAUUGACUUCGAAGGGGCUUAUAACUUGCUAGAUGCCCAUCACUACCAGCAAAUGACCGGCACUCCCGGAUUCGUGGCACCAGAGCGUGUGAAAGACGCGCUGCUUCCACCCACACCCAAGACGGACGUCUUCGGUCUCGGUAUAGCGCUCUUCCAGGCUCUGACAGGUCAACACCCGUACGAUGGUGCUGCUCGGGAGAAGCGCCCAUUGCAGUUGUUGGACUCGUUAUCUUUGGACUGGACCCAAGCUGAAAAAAUAAUGACGGAGCAUUCCAUAUCACCUGAAUUGCGCGACAAGGUUGCAGAAAUGCUCAAAGCUGAUCCCCAAGCCCGAGUUUCUCUGGACAGCGUGGCUGCGGUAGAAUGUCCAAAUUAGAAGCAGUACCGUACAGAUAGUUGAGAGAAGAAAACAAACACAAUCGAAGUGAGGUGCCUACAUUCAAAGUGACACGUAGUAUUUGGAC